CACAGAGCAACCUAGAGAGAGAAAAUCAAGAGCAACUUUAGAGAGACAGGGAGAGAGAGAGAGAGAGAGAGAGAGAGAAUCACAAUAAUAAUGUCAGGCUUCAGAUUCUCGUCUUCAUCAUCUUCAACCCAUCAAUUCUCUCCAUUCUGUUCCACAUCAUCAUCAUCAUCAUCAAAUUCAGUCUUCCCUUCGAUUUCACCUCCCUCAUCUGGCCUGUUUUUCGGCAGUUUCUCUUCAAACCCUAGUAGCUCUUCGACUUCUUUCGCCUUCGGAUCGCCCAAAUUCACGUCUUCUUCUUCGACUACUACUUCCAACUUGUUUGGAUCUGCUACUUUGAGCUCUGUUUCAGCUACUAGCCCCGCAGUUUUUGGGUCUUCUUCUUCGAAUUCGAUCUCUACUGCACCUGCAUUCUCGUUUGCAAGUUCUGUAUCCAAUGCGGGUUCGUCUUCAUCAAGCUUCAGUUACACAAACACUCCUGCCAGUUCACAUCCUGGUUUUUCACUGUCCACAGAAACAUCAGCGCCUGCCUCAUCAGGACAACCACAAUCUACUGCUGUUGCGCCUCUAUUUGGAUCUCCUUUUCCCAUAGAUGGAAGUUGUUCCGCAACAUUUCUGGAAGCCAAUUUGGGUGACAAAGAGGAAGCGGAUGAUGGAAUGGUGGUGGGUACUACCAUUAUUCAUACUCUGUGCAGGGAUAGGCAAAUUGUCUGAAAGGCUGUCUAGCUCUUAAUAGUCAUUCAAAGGUUGCCAAUGUUAUACAGUGGUCAACAACACAGCCACACAACCACACCCGGCUUUUUCUUUUUUUUUCUUUUUUUUUAAAUCCACUUUCAACCCCCACAAUCUUUUUUUUAAUCAGCCCACUAUCUCUCUCUCUGGUCCCUUUUUCUCUCUCUCUACUCAAGGAUCCACCACUUUGUCAACUUUCCAACCCCUUCCUUCACCUUUUGCACUCCACUCACCAAUUAUCUACCGAUUCAGGGGACAAAGCAUAUAUAUCUUUUAUUAUUAUAAUAUAUUACCCACACUAUUAUCCUUCACUCACCCUAUAUCUACUGAUUCAUCAAUAUAUAUAUAUAAUGAUUUUUCACAAACCUUUAUUUUAUUUUAUUUUAUUUUUUCUCUCUUUCUUUUUCAUCAAUAUCUCAAUAUUCUACAACUCAGUUGGUGAGCAUCAUCCUUUUUCCAU